ACGUUUCGAAGCUCAUUACUGUCGAGACGUUGAAAAGGAAACGAGAGCUGGUGCUCCUGCGAGAAUCUUUGACUGUGAUUGAAGUUCUGUGACAUUUUAAGCGGAAUCGUGUGCCUUAGUACUAAUAUUUUGAAUCAUAAAUAUCCAACAAUACAGCGUAAGAGUACUGACAUUCGGGCAAAUUUAUUAAGCACGAUCUUAGGAAAACCGGGAAAGAGUCAAGAACGAUAACUUACAGGAAUCCAUGGCAGACAGGUGAUCGCGGUUGGGAGAGUGCCCAAGGUGGAGGCAAUGACCUAGUGCAAGAAGAGCAGUUGGUUGAGCAGCAACAGCUGCUGCCGGAUGAGCAGCCACAAAAGUGGUAACAGCAACAGCAGGUGGUUCAUCAGACACCACAGCAACCUUUGCCGCAAUUGAGGCAGCAGCUAGUUCAGCAAGAACAAACGCAAUUACAGCAAGAACUACAGCCGCCACAGCGGCCACAGUCUUUACCCUCACUGAUUGCACGGCCGAAUAGGCAAAAACCAUUUGAUUCACCAGGAAUGCAGCAAGAUCAGCGUCAACUAGGGUCACAAAAGCCACUGCAAGCUAGACUCAGUCCAGAGAUAGGGCUACCACAGCAUUCACAGAGUCCACUGUCGCAACCAGAGCCGCAGCAAAUACAACAGAGGCCCCCGCGCAGUCAGAAGCCAAAGCGCCAUUUGGAACAGCAGCAACAGCUACAGCAGGAGCAGCAACUCAAGCCGCUGGAAUGGCCACGUUCACAGAAACCAGAACUGCAGCAGCAGCAGCACAAGCUGCACAGGCAGCCCCAGCAACCCCUGCCCUCGAACAAGCCAUCAGAGCAGUCGCAGCAGCCGCAGCCACAACAGCAACAACAACCACUGAGGCCAUUGCAGCUUCAAUUCGAUAUUCCAAACAAGCCAAAACGGCAACAUCAUGACUGGCAACAUCAGGAGUCGUUACUAUCGCAAAAGCCAUCGCAAAAUAUAUUACACAAGUCAUCACAGCUUUCGCAGUCGCGACAGUGACCCUAGCUGCCCCAGCUAUACCCAUCCGUGA